AUGUGCAGUGUGACUUCACUAUCACAGUCUCUCUGAUAUCUGGAGUAUUUCUGGCUUUUCUGACUGCAAAUCACACAAAGCCAGCCUCUUGUCCUGCCACUGCUAUAGACAUCAACACAAUGCCUCAUCGCAGCUGUUCUGUUGAGAUUAACAACAACUCUGGCUACUACACUCUGGCCAAUCCAAGGGUAUUCACUGACAGCGGCAUAUGUGAGGUCCCUUUGCCACCCAUCGUGGGUCCCUGCUCUGCAGCCACUGCACUGUUUAACAAGACCACGGGCAGUGCAACCGGAGCCGUUGGAGUCUUCACCUACGAACUUUACAGUGCCGACAUGAACGACUACAGCCACAUCAUGGCUGUCAUGUUCUCUGUGCCGUAUGACCGGAACCUCUACUCCAACUGGUUUGCUGUGGGAAUCUUUGACAGAGGGACCAACUGUGACUACAACCUUUAUGAUGUUAUGUAUAAUGGCAGUGAAAAUAACUUUGUAAGAGCAAAGGCUGACGGCUCCUGCAUUUCUUAUCAGGGUGACUAUGUUACUGUGAGUGCCUCCAUGUCAGAUUCAGGUGAAACAGUCCUGAGGGUUGAUGUCAGUGAUACUGGCAUGUAUUAAGUCAAAAGAAGACAGCUGUUAUGUAUGUAACAUAAAAUGAUCACUGUCAUUCUGCAAAAACUGUGAUUCUCGAGUGUGAUUUUUGGAACCUAAUGCCUAAUGAGAAAAAGCAUGGUUUUUAUGUAUGCAUCAAAAUCAAGCUCUUUUUGUAGUCAAUGAAUAAUA